CAGGUAGCUUCAGAUUACGCAUAUAAACAAUAGGUGAUAUUGUCCUCAGACUUAUUGAAUGCUCGAGAAACCUGUCGUAUCAGAUGGAGAAGCGAAGGGCAGUGCCACGGUAUUUGGCUUUGGCUUGGCGUUCGCAAGGGAUGCUUCUUGCUUCUGCCUAGGUACCUAGUAAUACGUACCAGCGGCGCAUCCGGGAGCUCUCCCAACGGGAACGGCGGCGGAGGAGCGCCAACAGGAUGGGGAGUGCGUAUUUUCGUUGGUAACGUGCACCUGGGUAGUUGGCGCUUAGGGGAUAGCAUCGCUUUCACAUGGAAUGCUUAACUGCGUCUUAUGCUCCUCAGUGGCAACGGAAUUGACGAUGAAGAAGAACCUAGACUCAGAAAGUCACGGGCAAAGAGAGUCGGGUAGGUACCGGGAAUUGACAUCUCACACCCCGCUUCUGAAAUCUUGG